UCUCUCCUGGCCAGGCAGGAGCAGCAUCUUCAUCAGCGCUCACACAGGAAUGGACUCGGGCGGCAGCUUUAUUAUCACAAACCCAGGCAGGGUGAAGUGAAGUGUGAGUGGAUGUCGGGCAGAGGUGUGCAGCGGUGCCCUUGAGGACAAUCAGGACUGCCGCAGGAGAAAACCAGAGCAGAAAGGAGGGACUCGGAUGGCCAGGCAGAGGUGAUGGGGCGUUGGAGAUGCUGACUGAGGCUGAGCGUCGCUGAGCUCCGCUCAUCCGCGGGUUUGUCUGACAGCAGGUGUUGGUCAUCGUCAGGUUUUAAACAUGGAGUCCACUCACCUGCUGAGUGGCUCCAAGAAGAGAGUGAAGAUCCACCCUCACACAGUCACGGCAAAGUACGCCACCCACACGCCCUACUCCCCCCAGCCCGGGGUGCACACCCACUUCCCCCAGCCGGGGGACGACGGCUACGACGACGCUCCGUCUUUCGAGGACUUCGGCUCGUUCCUGGAGGAGACGUCGGACAGGAAGCGCCUGACGGAGAGCAGGAAGUGGCCUCUGACGCUGUUCGGGUCCAAAGACAGAGACAGAGAAACGUCCCAUAAACUUCAGGUCACCGGGGGGGGAGAGGGGAGCGAGGGCGGAGCCAAAGCAGCGAAGGGGCCCGGGAAAGGAGUCGGAGAGCAGCUGGCCAGUUUUGGGGAGGCGUCCGUGUCUGCGUCCCGGCUCACCUGGGUGCUCCUGCUGGGGGCGGCGCUGGCGCAUGGUUGUCUGAUUGUCCUGACGCGCCUGGCCUCCGAACGCUUCAGCCUCGGCCCGCUGUUCCUGCUCCUGCUGCGCUCCGUCGUGCAGCUCCUCGCCGUCGCCGUUCCGCUGCACAGGGGGGAGAACCCUUUUGGACCGGAAGGCUAUCGGCUGCGUCUGCUCUGCUACGGCGUCGCCUACUCCCUCUCCCUUUGUUGCGCCUACUCUUCCUUGUCCUUCGUCUCCGCUGAAAAUGGCACCACGACUUGGCGCUUGGCGACCACGGCGCUGUCGGCGGUCCUUGCCUUCCUGCUUCUGGAGGAAAAGCUCGGAUUGGCCGACGGGAUCACCCUUGGCGCGGGCCUGUGCGGUUUGGGGCUCGUCUUACUUCCCACAACGGAUGAGAGUAAUUCAGAUUCCCCCACUGACCCAGUGAAGUUCUGGAGGGGUGCGUUUGGAUGGUCUCUCUCAGCCCUUGCAGGUUUGUGGAUGGCUCUAGCAUUGGUUGGGUAUCGCUCGCUGAAAGACAGGGUGGGGGUCGGCACGGCUUUGUUCACAGUGAGCUGGACCGGCGGCCUGCUGGCCCCGGCCUGUUUGGCCCUGCUCCAGGAGGGCUGGUCCUGGCCCACGAGCGCUCCGGCCUGGGGCCUCGUCCUGGGCCUGGUCGCCUGCUCGGUCUCAGCGUUCCUGGGCAUGACGCACGCCCUCACCCGGCUGCACCCAGCCCUGGUUUCCGCCUCUCAGAGCCUGGAGAUACCCGUUGCCAUGCUCCUGCACCUGGCCGUGCUGCCUUUGGCCCCCACGGCACCCGAGGUCGUGGGGAACACCAUGGUGGUCCUGAGCGUCGGCUGGCUGGUUGUUAUGAAGCUGCUUCCCUCCCGAGGCGGCGGGCGGCGCCCGAGAGAGGAGUACGAGGAGAUUCUGGACUCACCCAUCAAAUAGACACCUCUUCUGUUCUCGUCAGCCACAUUUGCUCCUCCAUGAGAUUUCAAUUUCAGUGUAAAUAAGAGACUGCUAAAUGUUUAUUGGAGCUUUGAUUGUUUUGUAUUGUUGUUUGGAAAGUGCCAAUAUUGUGUCUGUUUCUGUGAAUACGUGAUGUAUGAUUAAAAUCUCUCUGAUGAACACAGUACGUUCUCGGACCCAAUUCUAAUCAAAGAUCCAAGCCAAACCCGGUGUUAUUGGAGUAUAACGUCAGUCACAUUUGGCAGCCGGCGGAGGUUCGGACUAAGAUUGAUGAAGCUGCUUUCUGGUGAUGAGACAGACAGAUAGAAAAAAACUAAUCCGGGGAGUAAAAGAGAAGGAAAACAAACACAAGACAGAAAAGAAGAAGAGUGACAGAUGAUGGUGGGGUUGGCAAACGGGUUAGAUGACUAAACACAGAUGAAAGGGAAGGACAGAAUGAAAAGGAUUCAGAGCAGAAAGGAGGGCUGAUGGUGGCUCGGUGAUUGGGCCGUGUCUGGCCAGCUGGCUGACAAAAACCACGGUUUUAUGUGUGAGUACAGUCGUCAUGUCUCCCGACUAUCGAAGAGACACAUCAGUACAACUUUUCUGG